UUAUUCCUCCUCUCUCUGGAGCUUCAUUCCUGUGCACGAUCCGAGCGAGACAGACGGCUUAACGGAGCAGCCAGAAGAGGAAAGAUUCGCUCAGGGAAUAAAUAUCUGUGAACUGCGCGGCUGUUUUCUUUACGGGAAUACCACUGGGUUGCGGACGCACGUGAGCACCCACAUGCUCAUAUGGGACCACUCGGCAUGGCUCUGAUACCUCUGUUCUGACCAGCAGAAAAGAAAAAGUAUUGUGGAAUCUCCCGGAGCAGGUUGUUGUUUUGUAGCAGAAUCUCCAAACGGGAAUGCUGUCUGGAUGGUGACCGCGGACUGGACUACCUGCUCUCCGUCUGUUUACUCAGUGCGCAGGAAAGGGACUGGGAGACUUGCACCCGCUGCCUGCGUGCUCUCUGGUUUAAUAGGGUGCUUUGGGGAUCAGUGAAAAUAACACAAAAAGCGAGAAGGGCUUCUGUUUUUACACAUUUUUACUCCGAGGUCAGAGCUAUUCUCCUGCGAACUCUCGCCUCUGAGUGUUUUGUUGAAUGAGGAUAACUCUGAGCCUGGAGCGUUGACGCAGCAACUGGGACUAGGACGGAACUGGGGGUGCGUGGAGCGUUGGGUCACCCCGGGAUUGUUUUGUACCUCCACACUCUUCUCAGCCGCGGCUCUGUGUUCAUGUCCAAGUUGAGCACUUUAUGACAAUGGAUUACUUUCUGCUCUUAUGCAGCCUCUCGGUGUCCGUGGUCUCCGCCGUUGAAGAGACACUGAUGGACACAAAGUGGGCCACGACAGAGUUAGCGUGGACUGCACACCCUGAGACCGGGUGGGAAGAGGUGAGUGGCUAUGAUGAUGCCAUGAAUCCCAUCCGGACAUACCAAGUCUGCAAUGUACGAGAGCUCAACCAGAAUAACUGGCUACGUAGUGACUUCAUCCCACGCAAAGACGUACUGCGUGUAUACGUAGAGAUGAAAUUCACAGUUCGUGACUGUAACAGCAUUCCCAACAUACCAGGUUCCUGCAAAGAGACCUUCAACCUUUUCUACUACGAGUCUGACUCAGACUCAGCCACUGCCACCAGCCCUUUCUGGAUGGAGAACCCUUAUGUGAAAGUGGACACUAUUGCCCCAGAUGAGAGCUUCUCAAUGCUUGAGUCUGGACGGGUAAACACAAAGGUCAGAAGUUUUGGGCCACUUUCCAAAGCUGGGUUCUACUUGGCCUUCCAGGACCUUGGUGCUUGCAUGUCACUUAUAUCAGUGAGGGUGUUUUACAAAAAGUGCUCCACCACAAUUGCCAACUUUGCAGUUUUCCCAGAAACAGCAACGGGAGCUGAGGCAACCUCAUUGGUUAUUGCUCCAGGAACUUGUGUUCCCAAUGCCCUAGAGGUUUCUGUGCCACUGAAGCUCUACUGCAACGGAGAUGGAGAGUGGAUGGUUCCUGUAGGAGCAUGCACAUGUGCAGCUGGUUUUGAACCAGCCAUGAAGGAUACCCAGUGUCAAGCUUGCGGCCCUGGCUCCUUCAAGUCCAAACAAGGGGAUGGCCCCUGUUUUCCCUGCCCAGCCAACAGUCGAGCAACCUCUGGAGCAGCCAGCAUUUGUUCCUGUCGAAAUGGUUAUUAUCGCUCUGACACAGAUACUCCAGACUCCCCGUGCACCACUGUUCCAUCGGCCCCACGCAGUGUCAUCUCGAGCGUUAACGAAACAUUGCUGCUGCUAGAAUGGAGUGAACCUCGGGAUAUGGGUGGCCGCGAGGACGUCUUCUAUAGCGUCAUCUGCAAAAAGUGCCUCCCUGAGCGAGGAAUGUGUUCACGAUGUGAUGACAAUGUAGACAUUUCUCCACGCCACCUUGGCUUGACGCAACGCCGUGUGACAGUUCGCAACCUCCAAGCCCACACGCAGUACAGCUUUGAGAUCCAGGCGCUCAACGGUGUGUCCAACAAGAGCCCCUAUACGCCUCAGUUUGCUGCAGUGAACAUCACCACAAAUCAGGCUGCACCUUCUGCAGUCCCCACAGUCCAUUUAAUGGCGGCCACAGCAAGCACAAUGAGUCUCUCCUGGCUUCCUCCAGAAAAACCAAAUGGGAUCAUUCUGGAUUAUGAGAUCAAGUACCACGAGAAGGAUCAAGGUGAAGCCAUUGCCCACACCAUGACUGCUCAAAGGAGCAACGCCCGCAUUGAGGGUCUUAAGGCUGGUACACCAUAUGUGGUUCAAGUCCGGGCCAGAACAGUGGCUGGUUAUGGGCGUUAUAGUAGCCCAGCGGACUUCAGCACCAAUCUGCAAACCGACCCACCAAAGUCGUGGCAGGAACAGCUGCCACUCAUCGUUGGAUCCAUCACAGCAGCCUUAGUCUUCAUCAUUGCAGUUGUGGUCAUUGGCAUUGUCUGUCUUAGAAAACAAAGAAAUGGCUCAGAAUCAGAGUAUACAGAGAAACUUCAGCAGUACAAAUCCCCAAUAGUAACGCCGGGAAUGAAGGUCUACAUUGACCCCUUCACCUAUGAGGAUCCCAAUGAAGCAGUGCGAGAGUUUGCCAAGGAGAUUGACGUGUCCUGCGUGAAGAUCGAGGAGGUCAUUGGCGCAGGUAACCCACCAAAGCUCCUGAGCUACAGGGGGAAGACUGCUAGUCACCUCCAGGCCAUACCGUUAGAGGACUUCACACCAAGCGGAGAGUUUGGGGAGGUGUGCCGAGGUCGAUUAAAGCUGCCUGGGCGCCGAGAAAUCAUUGUGGCCAUCAAGACUCUAAAAGUGGGCUACACUGAUCGCCAGAGGCGAGACUUCCUGUCUGAAGCAUCCAUAAUGGGCCAGUUUGACCACCCCAACAUUAUCCGACUGGAGGGUGUGGUUACCAAGAGUCGGCCAGUCAUGAUUGUGACCGAGUUCAUGGAAAAUGGGGCCCUGGACUCUUUUCUAAGGCUGAAUGACGGGCAGUUCACAGUAAUCCAGUUGGUUGGCAUGUUGCGUGGCAUCGCAGCAGGCAUGAAAUAUUUGUCGGACAUGAACUACGUGCACAGGGACCUAGCUGCCCGCAACAUUCUGGUCAACAGCAAUCUGGUGUGUAAAGUGUCCGAUUUUGGACUGUCGCGAUUUCUCGAAGACGACCCCACAGAUCCCACCUACACCAGUUCCCUGUAUUUCAUGCUUACAUACUCAUUCGCAUAUCCACAGGGAGGGAAAAUCCCUAUCCGUUGGACGGCGCCUGAAGCCAUCGCCUACAGGAAGUUCACCUCAGCCAGUGAUGUCUGGAGCUACGGCAUAGUCAUGUGGGAAGUUAUGUCGUAUGGUGAGAGGCCAUAUUGGGACAUGAGCAAUCAAGAUGUGAUAAAUGCUGUAGAGCAGGACUAUCGGCUGCCCCCACCUAUGGAUUGCCCCACAGCCCUACACCAGCUUAUGUUGGACUGUUGGGUGAAAGAAAGGAACCUGCGACCGAAAUUCACCCAGAUUGUUGCCACGUUGGAUAAACUUAUUCGCAAUGCAGCAAGUCUCAAAGUGGUCUCCAACAGCACACAGUCCAGUGGGGUAUCCCAGCCCUUGCUUGAUCGCUGUGUGCCAGACUAUACCACUUUCACCACUGUGGGGGACUGGCUGGAUGCCAUCAAGAUGAGCCGCUACCGUGACAACUUUGUCAACGCCGGAUUUGCAUCCUUUGACCUGGUGGCCCAGAUGACGGCAGAGGACUUGCUGCGGAUAGGGGUGACGUUGGCUGGUCAUCAGAAGAAAAUUCUUGGUAGCAUUCAGGACAUGAGACUACAGAUGAACCAAACACUUCCUGUCCAGGUGUGAGCAGCAGGACACACAAGACGGAUGCAGUCAAAGGACAGCCAGACAGGAAAAGGGGAGAAACUGUGCCAGAGAAGGCCACUGGAAAACCCUAGCUGCCUGACCUAUCUGCCAACUAGACACUAUGAAACUGGCUUGCAGUGCCUAAGAUUUUUUUUUUCUUUAUUUCAAUACCACUUACAUUUCCUGUCCCCACUCUUUGUUGCCUGCAUUGUUUCUUCCAUCCAAAAUGAAUUAGUAUGUUUUUGAAAGAAGAGGACUUCCCCCUAAUUCCCAUGUGUGCCUCACCAACUCUAAAAUGGGUUGAUGUUUGCAUGCAUGUUUUUUUGUCAAGUUGGCCUUAGUUGUGCUCUGAUCCUCAUGCAAGACCCUCGUUUCUUGACCUUCUGAGUGUAAUAAGACACGCUAAAGGAUGAACUUCCCUCACAGGAAAGUAAUCAAAGAUACCUGUGCCAGACCACAAGAGGUGGAGGACGAUUAUUUCCCCGAAAGAUGCUGUUUUACUGUGCAUGUGUGUUAUUUUCCAUCUUCAUAUUGAAGGUGUGUUACCUAAAAGGGCAGAUGCUUGGAGAGGCAUGGAGUGGUGAAGGAAAAAAUGUAAUCGUGCUGCAGUCAAAGGUUAAGAGGCUGACGGAGGUCAAACGAAAGGGAGCCACAUUUUUUGGACACCUGCUUCGACUGUUGGGUCACCGGCGACCUCUUCACUCUAACCUGAAGUGACUUAGGAUUGUUCCUCUUCUCGGGAACACCUACUAAUCAACUGUUUUUUUGGGGGGGGGUUUGUUGUUGUUUUGUUUUUUACAUAUGAGAUCUAUGUCCACAAAACAACAUGUGAUGUUUCCUUUUGACGUUUUCUUGUCUCUCUCACACAUUUUUUGGGAGAAUUGUGGCCGGUCCAACCAGUACCCUGUCAACUGGACACUGUAUGUGACAAGGGGAAAACAAGGACUCUGGCAACAAUGUUUGAAAGACCUCCUGGCCUUUUGUGUGCAUUUUCUUUCAAUGCGAGUGUCUACUUGUGUGUGUGCGCAUGAGUGUGUGUAUGUAUGAAUAAUGAGUGGAUGUGCUAGAGUGCACCAGGUUGCACACGGAUAUACUGUAAAAUAUGGCUUCCAUAAUUUGAAACCAUGGAGAAUUAACGCAUGAACUGAUCUGUAAUAAGCAGACACUAUAUCUGAAAUAAUUAUGCUAUAUUCUGUGGACAGCUGUUAAACAUUCACCUUUCUUUAUUGGAUCCCAAAAACAGACUUUGAUCACACGCACAUACACACACACACAAUUAUGACUGACGCUUUUGUUUUUACUAUUAUCUGGAUUUAGAAAUAAUCAGAAAAAUCGUCUCUAUGUUUCUUGACAUCCUGCCCUGUGUAUUUAUUUGUACCUCACCCACCAACCCGUGAUCCCUCAUCAGUAUAAAGAUGGACUAGGCUGUUUUGGGAACGUGAAACAAUCAGAGAGAAGACGAAGCUCCAAGAGAAUUCACCUGAUGAAAUAACAAUUAAUAAAGUAAUUGCUUAUAUAUUGGAUUUUGUAUUUUUGUUGUUGUUCUAAACAGCCUGUACAGGUUUUGUAACAAAAGUAAGAUAAAUGACUAAAGAAAGAGUUGUUGUAAAAUGUUUGUCUCAGAGUGAAUUCAUCAGGAAGUAACGGAUGUUAGGAGAGAGAAAACAAGCAUGUUCAAUCGCUGAAUAACAUGCUGGUUUUUUUUUGUUUUGCAUACAUUGUUAUCUCAGUGUUGACUAUGUAGGUAUAUACGAGUGUAUGUGUGCCUCUUGAACCUGAUACUCAGCCACCCCAGCCCUAUUUUUGUUUUCAACAUAAAGAGCAUUUGUGAAGCACUGGGCUGUUACUAAUUGUCUUCCAGGCACAUAAUUUUCAUCUCCCGUGAACCACUCAACCGUUGUCCAACCCAUUUUACAUAAGCUUGUCAAGAGGUUUGUAAGGGAACAAGCCAAGGGAUAGUGUUGCAUCAAACUAGUUGCCUCACCUUUGUGUUAUUUCGGUCGGCCUCGGAGGAGGAGCUCUAUUACAGGACCUGUAGUUUCCUCUCCAUCCAACAGGAUCCUCAUUAGAGAAUUCGGAGCUGUCUGGCAGGAGAAACCUAUUGGUCUUUUUCUGUCAGCUCGAUUAAUGCAGCAGCCAAUCAGGCAUUGCAGGGAUAUGAAUGUGCAGCACACAGGCAUUUGCAGACACAGGGCAGGCAGACAUAUCAUUAUCUCUCAUUCAUUUGCUGUCUGGCCUGCAAUCACCCUGUCUCAAGCUCCGGGUGCUGCAUGAUUAGCACAGAGCUGGAUCAACAGUACGAGGGAUACAGGCCAGCCAAAAUCUGGAGCCAGCUUCAUCUUAACUGACAGCAGCUGCAUCUCUGAGGCCAUGCUAUUUGUGCUUCUCACAACAGGGUGUUUGGUGCGGGUGGAUUAGGGAGUGGGGCGGUAUCACUGCUGUGAUCUCGUAGAUAGCCGCCAUAUUGUUUUCAUUGAAGUUAAUCAAUGCAACACGUGAAUCCAAAUCCUUAUAAUAUUGCAAUGUUUUUGGCAGUGCAGUGGUUCUUUCCAGAUCUUUUAAGAAAAAUCAUAUGCAAAACAGCACACCUUCCCUAUUUUGUAACAAUCCCUUUUACAUGUGCAGAUAAUUUUACCAAUGUAGCUGAACUCUUUGUAGAGCUUCCUAUCCUGUAACUCUUUUAGUGUAAACUUAGGAUCACAAUAGCAGUUUGACUGUUUUUGUACUAAUACAGUGCCAUAAAGAACUUUCAGUUUGUCAUCCCCAAAUUAAUAAAUUCAGAUUAAUUAUAUUAUUCAUUAAAAAAAUAUAGCAAUAUGACAGGAAUUAAUUGAAAAAGUGUUUUACUGGGAGGUUUUUAUUGUUACUCAUAAAUACUCUGCCCUCUUUCAUGCCAGGACUCAGUUUAUUGGAAAAGAUUGAUAUAGCACAUGUUUGUAAAGUGACGGCAAUUAGAAUCUGAGAUUUCCACAAUUUCCCAAUAUUGUUUUCAACUUCUCCAGGCACGUCCAUCUUUCAGUCACUUUAGCUUCGCUGCUGCUCUAACUCGUUUGUGGCUCUGAAUCAGAUGCUGGGCACUGAAAUACAGAAAAGUGGGCAGGAUAAAGGGGCUAAACACAAUCAGAUGGCAAACAGGCACGCUCAAGAAAAAGUGACAGCCUGAAGCGUGAACUAUUGAUGAAGUGCACAUGGUGCUUUGAGGUCUGGAGCUGUGUUCAGUAGAGUCAAACUGGCCAUGAGUGAUGUGCUCAACUGGCAGCAAUUUCACAUAUUUAAAAGAUUAAUUCACUUUAACUACUAACAAAUAAUCUGUAGGUAUUUUUUUCAGACAAACAUGGAAGUUUUAUUUGCUUACUGUGCACAAAACGGAAAGGAAUUAUAUCUCCUGGUUUUUGUGUUCAUCCAUCAAGCUGCAUGUGGCUGAAGUUACGAUGGACUGUUACAUUUGUGUGUGUAUGUGUGUGGGAAUAAAACAAAUGCUAUUUUAUAAAGAAACUGUUUGAUUACCAGAGCAUAGACUGUCAGCUAUGGUUAUCAUUCAGUGCAUCAAUAGAAAUCUAAUUAUCUAAACAUUCCUCAACUUUAUUUUAUCCGUUUUACAUAUAUUGCAGAUUAUCACCGAUUAAAGUCUCUUCUAAGAACAGCAGUCACCCCUCCACACACACUGAGCACUCUCUAGCUUUGUUUCCAUUAAAACGUGUCUGUUUUAAAUAAAUAUACAGUCAUUUUUAUGUCCUCUAACAUGUCCACAGACUUGUUGUCUUUUGGUCACUUUUAUGUUACUUUUUACUUUUUUUCCCAAAUAAUAAGCAACAUUUUUCAGAGAGUACUGUACAUGAUUAGUAAAAUAGGAACAGUGGGGUUGGAAAACUGAAAUGCAAUUGUUACUUCCUCUUUGGAAAGCAUUGAGAUGUAUUUAAUGGUGCAGACAUACACAACAAAUUACUAAAAGAAGAUGCAUUCUUGUAGAAAUAUUUUUAAAAGACCCUUUUUUGCAAUUAAAUUAUUUAAGAAAUGUGA